UUUUGAUUGCGUAAAACAUAAGAAGUAUCAAGCGUGUAAAAUUUGCAUUUUCAGCGUUGAGUUUUUUUGGAAGCUUCUAAUAAUCUUUAUAGGGAACAAGACUUAAAAUACUCAUAAUCUUAGCAUAAAAGCAUGUCAAUGUUGCUGCCAAAACCACCGAACCCGGAUGACAAACCAAAAUCGGAUGAUGUACCGAAGUCCACCGGGAUCUUUUUCCCCAACGCAGACCUCGAUGAAAUCGCAAAGCACUUCAUCGGUAAUAAUACCAGGUUUCGCGAGAACAUCAUCAUACCCAAGAUGUACGGUGCGGUCCAGAUCAAAACCAACGAGGAGAAGCUAGUGGAGGCGGCAUUCGAGAGCUGUGCGUUCAAAUCGCUGAUGAGCUGCGUGCUGGGGUACGGUUUGGGUGCCGCCAUCGGGUUGUUCAGCUCUUCGGUGAAUCCGAACAUCGCCGAUCCGAUGGCUGGCGAGAAGCAACAGACGGCACGCGAAAUCUUCCGAGAUAUGCGACAGGCAACGCACUCGUAUGGUAAAAAUUUUGCGGUCAUCGGUGCCGUGUUUGCUGCCGUAGAGUGCGUUAUUGAGUCGAAAAGAGGAGUCUCGGAUUGGAAAAAUGGUACUUAUGCUGGAGCAGUGACUGGAGGUCUGAUUGGUUUACGAGCUGGCGUCAAAGCAGGAAUUGUAGGAGCAGCUGGUUUCGCCGCCUUUUCCACAGUUAUUGAUUAUUACAUGAGGCAUCGAUAGUUUUUAAGCAUUUAAUCAUGUCUAGCUUGUAUUAUAAUCUAUAGAAACAAUUGUCCUGUUGGUAAUAAAAGAUACUUUGAAUCGCAAGCAGA